UCUGUCUGUCUUGGGCUCCCUAUUUAGAAAUGCAAACCCUCGCCGGAGCUUUAAGAAAAAAUCCACAUGCACAGAUACACAGUGUAUACGUGUGUGUGUAUACAUGCACACACCUCUCCGCCAGAAGCGGCGGCGCUUUAACAGGACAGCAACCAGACAACCUGGAGGAGGAGAUUUCUCCUUUUGCAAAACAAGGGGAGAUUAUUGCAAAGUUUUAUUUGCAGCAGCUGGGGGUGUGUGCAAAACGGAAUUUCUGCAAAGGCUGCGAGGGAGCGGUGCGGGAGGCCGGAGAAGGCAAGGGGGUGGGGGAAUGCAGUGGGCAUAAGGAGCGGCGAAGGGCCAACGGCAGCGGGUUUUUCUUUUGCAUUCGGUGCGGCCGGUUGGAAUGGCGGAGCCGGGCCCGGAAUCGGACGUGAGGAAGUGCGGGGUGCUGCGGAAAUGGAAGAGCCUACACCGGCGGUACUGCGUGCUGCGGGCGGACAGCGACAGCGGCCCGGCGCGCCUCGAGCUCUACGACAGCGAGAAGAAGUUCCGCAGCCGGGGCGCGGGCCCACGCCGCGCGCUCCCGCUCAGCGCCUGCUUCACCGUCAACAAGCGGCGCGACGCGCGCUCCCGCUACCUACUCUGCGUGUACACGCGCAGCGAGAGCGUGUGCCUGGCGGCGGCGGGCCCCGAGGAGCAGGAGAGCUGGUACCGGGCACUCACCCUGCUGCUGGGUAAAUCUCAUGUAGAAAAUGGGGAUUCGAAUUACACCACGGUACCUGGACCACCUUUCAAGGAGGUCUGGCAGGUUAACCUUCGACCCCGGGGCCUGGGCCAGACGCGGAACAUGAGCGGUAUUUACCGGCUGUGCCUGACAGAUAAGACGGUCAACCUGGUGAAGCUGAACUCUGAUGCUGCAGCUGUAGUGCUGCAGCUGAUGAACAUCCGUCGGUGCGGGCACUCGGAGAAUUUCUUCUUUGUGGAGGUGGGGCGCUCGGCGGUGACAGGGCCUGGGGAGUUCUGGAUGCAAGUGGAUGACUCGGUGCUGGCCCAGAACAUGCACGAGACCAUCCUGGAUGCCAUGAAGGCCAUGAGCGAGGAGUUCCGGCUGCGCAGCAAAAGCCAGUCAUCGGGCUCCAACCCCAUCUCGGUGCCGACCCGCAGGCAUCACCAGCUUCCGUCCAACCCGCCCCCUAGCCGGGUGGGCUUCACCAUGAGGCGGGGAGUGCCCACCUCACCCGGGCAGCGAUCCAGCUUCACCCGGGCACGGACACCCAGCGACGGCAGCGGUGCUGCCUCCUCCUCUUCCUCCCGCCCCCCCUCUGCUGACGAGUCACCUUCCAGCCCUCCACCCCGCCAAGGAAUGCCCGGGGCCCACCCUCCCCCGGUUCCGUCCCGCUCAAUCUCUGACCCGGCCUCCAGCCCCCUCGGCCUCCCCCAUGGUGGCUUCUCCUCUUCCUCCUCACUGCCCUCCUCCUCCCCCUCCUCCUCCUCCUCCUCCGAUGGCGAGGGUUACGAGUCCAGCCCUGGCUCGCCAGCUGCGGGUGGACGGAGCCCCCUCCGUGACUAUGUGGCCAUGGGGGGCGGUCCGGGCUUGGCGGGGCACCGGCAGCCGCAGUGCCAGCGGCGUUUGCUGAGGAGGGCUGGCAGCCGUGGAGAGGAGGAGGAAGAGGCCGACAGGGGCCUGACCAAGCAGGCCUGGUCAGCCAGGGUUGUCCCCGAGCCCACUGAGAGAGGCCGCGGUCAGGCAGCAGACCAGGGUUAUGUGGCUAUGCUGCCUGGGGUGAUGCCACCGGGAGAUGGUGACGACGACGACUACAUGGCGAUGACCCCCAAAGGCCCUUCUGCCCCUCGGCAGAUUGAGAGCCCGGGAGCAGCAGCUCUCGCGGGGGGCUACGUGCUGAUGUCGCCCAGCGGGAGCUGCUCGCCAGAUGGCUGGGCCCGGCCCCUAGGGGGCGGCAGUGGUACAGGAGGGGCGGGUGGUGACUACAUGAACAUGUCACCUGCCAGCUGCUCAGCCUCCAGCACCACCCCCUCCUGCCACCAACGCUGCACCCCCAGGCCUCGCAAGGAUGGCCCCACCCCCCCUGACCACCACCCCCACUGCUACCACUCCCUGCCCCGCUCCUACAAGCAGCUGGACCCGGCUCUCUCUGCUGCCUCGGGACACCUCGUACCCUCCUCCUCCUCAGGCUGCCUUGCACCCUCCACCUUGGGCCACUUUGCACCUUCCUCCUCUACCUCCUCCUCCUCCCCAGGGCGCCUUGCGCCCUCCUCCUCCUCAGGACGCCUUGCGCCCUCCUCCUCAGGACGUCUCACCCUCUCCUCCUCCUCCUCAACUGGCAGCAGUGAGAGCUUGACAGAGGCUGAAAGUGGGCAGCACCUCACCCGCCGCCAGCCUGGACCCUCCCUUGACCUGGUGAGGGCCACCACCCUGCCUCGGCGGAGAGAGAGCUCACUCCCUGCUGAGCCCCAGAGCCCGGGCGAGUACGUCAGUAUCGAGUUCCGGGGCCCACCGGGUACCGCGUGCUCCCCAGCUGGGCUUGCCCAAUCCAUGGGAGGACCCCGAGUGACUCCCUCUGAGUAUAUCAACAUGGAUUUCAGGCCUGAGGCCCAUCCUCCACUCGGCCUGGUGAAGAGCUCCCAUGGGGCCCUGGCCCAGACCUGGCGGAGGUUGGGCAGUCCAGUUCCUGGUGACUCAGCCUGCCCCCUGGUGGCAGCCUUGCCCGAGGUGGCCCUGGACUCCACUGGGGAAGCGGGUCCCGGAGCCCGGGGGGUUUGUGCCGAGCCCCAGCGACGCCGGCGUCAUUGCUCCGAGACCCUCUUGACCACCCUCCAUGCCCCUGGGCCCUCAGCGACCUGCUCCCAUCUCCCUAGGCGCAGGGGCUCUACCUCCUUCGAGGGCGCUGAUGAUGGAGAUGUAGCCACGGAGGCUCCGUGUGCCGGAAUGUCGCGACACAUGUCUAUUGGCUUCGAGAACGGCCUGAACUACAUCGACCUGGAUCUGGGAACGGACAGCGUCUGCGCUGAUGUGUCUGCCUUGCAGCCGAGACUUUACACCCAAACCAAUGGGAGUGGCACCUUGAACACGUAUGCCAGCAUCGACUUUCACAAAUCUGAAGAAUUGAGAAGCCAUAAAAGUAACAAAGACGAUUGUUGAUAUGGGCCGCUCCCUUGCUUUCUGAAGCACUGAAGGAACAUUCUUCAGCCGAGCAACCACUCUCACCUACGUCCCCUCACCCUCAACCAACCAAACAAACCUCAUUUGACCCACACUUACCCCCAAGGAACAGUCUUCAGCCAUUUCAAACUACAGCCAACUCACCUCAGGAGCUGGACUUCACAAAUAACGUAUUACUUUAACCCUGUACAUCAGGAUAUUGUGUGUCACAGACUUACCCACUUCCUGUUUUGAACUGCCUCUUGGAAGAGGAGAAGUGGAUGAUUGGAGGAGUGUGAGGGGUUGUGGAGGGAAGGUAGUGAGAAUAAAUAAAGUGGCCUCGCCAAUCUUCAAAGUGACAAAUGACCCAUCAGUCGGGAACUGGACCAGCUUCCUUUGUUGAUUCCUCUGCGCCUGGUUACAGGCUGAGAUAACAAUGUGGAGGGACAUGUGCAGGAAGCCAUGCCAUUUGAAGUAGAGAAAUGACCCAACACCACCCACACUACAACAGCUGAAUGUUUUGCAAACUACCCUUGCCUAACUCAAGAAUGUCGCCGUUGUGACUGUCUUUGAUGCUUUUCUUUAACGUUGCCUGUUAAAUCAGCUGCAGUCGGCUUGUUACGCCUUUUGUGUAUAGGGAGAACAGGUGCCAAAUCGAUCAGUUUGAACUUUAGAACUCAUGCCCUCCCUCUCCUACCAUCUGCAACCAAUCACAAGAGAAUCUGUAAGAGAUGCAGUGCUGAAGAGGUGACACUCCUGGUGCCUUCUGAAUCCAGCUUUUCUCGGACGAAGAUGGCCGCUUGCCUGGACUGGCAAGGGCCUGCUUCAGUUACCAGCUCAAACUUCACCAGCACCCAGUGACUUCACCAGCCAGUGCCAUCUUGGCAUCAUGCACCCUGUACACAGAAUCAGACCCCCCUACCAAGGGGUGCUUGGAGUGUGCGUGCGUGCGUGUGCGUGUCUGUCUGUCUGUCUGUCUGUGUGUGUGUGCGUGUGUGUGUCUGCGUGUGUGUCUGUGCGUGCGUGCGUGUGCGUGCGUGUGUGUGUGUCUGUGUGUGUGUGUCUGUGCGUGUGUGUGUGUGCGUGCGCGUGCGUGCGUGUGUGUGUGUGUGUGUUAGGGUUUCAUAAAGAGCAGCACUGUGCGCUUUUCCGCUGGGCAGCGGGUUCUCGCCACAACCAAAGGGACCUACAGCAAGUGUUGCCAACACUCGGCUGUAUUCUUGGCAGUUUCACCAUAAAAUGACCUCCAAAUGUUGUACUUUCCUGCCAUUGGUCACCCAGCAUGUUCAUCCUUGCAACACCCUGAUUCCCUUACUGAUUGGUUAAUCAGCAGAGUCUCAGCUGAUUGAAUGAUGGUUGACAGUGAUCCCUUUUACCCCGAUAUUCCUAUAUAUUCACACAAUCAAUAAAUGUUAAGUUGAAUAAUUAAAUGAAUCCCUUCUUUUCAAGCCGCCCUGAUUUUUUUUGCCAAUCGUUACAGGGGAGCAGAUUUGUGGAAAUGAAUGACCGACUCCUGGUCCUUUGGACGCAGUAUUAUACCCAGGAGCCACUGAGUUAGUGCCUAGUUAGCAGGAAGACAUGGUAGAAGGAUGUAAACACAGCAGAGGCUGUUUUUAUGAAGGAUUAAUGCCAUCCACCUGAAGCUCUUUUAUUUUGCCACAGCUAAAUCGACUUUUAGUAAACUAAAGAACUGUGAAUGCUGAAGAUCUGAAACAAAAACAGAAAUUGCUGGAGAAACUCAGCAGAUCUGGCAGCAUCAGUGGAGAGAGAA